UGCUGAGAGGCACACAUGAGAUUGUUACUUUCAAUGAGGUGCCUCAAAUGCAAGAAUGCCAACCUUAGAUGACAUUUUAGAGCACAUUGGAGAGUUUGACUUGUACCAGAAAAGGGCCUUUUUUGUGCUGUGUUUGCUCUCUGCUGCCUUCACACCCAUCUAUGUUGGCAUUGUUUUCCUGGGUUUUAUACCAGAGCACCACUGCCGGAGUCCUGGAGUUGCCCAGUUAAGUAACCGUUGUGACUGGAGUCUUGAGGAAGAGCUGAAUUACACCCUUCCAAAUGGGGAUACUUUCACUAGCCAGUGCAAGAGAUAUGAUGUCGACUGGAACGCAACUGAGCUGAGCUGCAUAAAUCCACUAGAUUUUCCCACUACUUACAGGAACAGAAGCAGUAUUCCUCUCACUGCAUGCCAAGAUGGCUGGCUUUAUGAUUUCCCAGGAUCAUCCAUCGUGACUGAGUUUAACCUGGUGUGUGAAGAUGCCUGGAAACUGGACUUGUUUCAAUCAUGUGUGAAUGUGGGAUUUUUUGUUGGUUCCAUAAGCAUUGGAUACAUGGCAGACAGGUUUGGGCGUAAAUGGUGUCUGUUAAUCACCAUCUUAAUAAAUUCCAUUUCUGGUGUUCUCAUGGCUUUUGCACCUAGCUACACGUGGACAGUGGUUUUCCGCUUGAUCCAAGGAUUGGUUAGCAAAGGGGGUUGGCUAACAGGCUACAUCCUGAUCACAGAAUUUGUUGGCCUGAGCUACAGAAGAACCGUCGGCAUUGUUUACCAGGUAGCCUUUACCUUUGGACUCCUUGUGCUUACGGCUGUUGCUUAUGCAAUUCCUCACUGGAGAUGGCUACAACUGGCCGUUACCUUGCCAAACUUCUUCUUCUUGCUGUAUUACUGGUGCCUUCCGGAGUCUCCAAGGUGGCUGAUAGCCCAACAGGAAAAUGACAAAGCCCUGAAAAUUAUUAAACGCAUUGCCAAGGGAAACCGGAAGAAGCUGCCUCCCUCUAUGCAGGAUCUUCAGUCUGAGGAAGAAAUGGGUGACAAACCAAUCCCUUUAUUUCUGGACCUGGUGAGAACACCACAGAUAAGGAAACACACCCUCAUCUUGAUGUACUCUUGGUUCACAAGCUCUGUGCUGUAUCAGGGCCUCAUCAUGCACAUGGGAAUUGGUGGCGGCAACAUUUACCUGGACUUUUUUUACUCUGCUCUUGUUGAAUUUCCAGCCGCCUUCAUACUCAUACUCACAGUUGACCGCAUUGGCCGCCGCCAUCCCUGGGCUGCAGCAAAUCUGGCAGCAGGAGCUGCCUGUCUCAUUACAGCCCUAGUGCCUGAAGAUCUCUAUUGGCUUAAAAUGACUGCUGCUUGCAUAGGCAGGAUGGGAAUUACAAUGUGCUAUGAAAUGAUUUGCUUAGUCAAUGCAGAACUAUACCCAACUUUCCUCAGGAAUCUUGGUGUUCUUGUCUGCUCUUCAAUGUGUGAUAUUGGUGGGAUCAUAACUCCAUUCAUUGUCUACAGGCUGGCAGAUGUCUGGCAUGAACUUCCACUUGUUGUCUUUGCUGUGAUUGGUCUCAUUGAUGGUGGCUUGGUUCUGCUCUUACCUGAAACCAAAGGAAAAGCUUUACCUGAGACUAUUGAAGACGCUGAAAAUAUGCACAGGCAAGGAAGGCCAAAAGAAAAAAAUUAUAUAUCUCCAUGUUCAAACCUCAGAUGCGGCAACUAAUUAAGAAGAGCCAUUUUCUGCAUGAUUUUCGCUUGAUUUGGCAUUAAAGAACAAUGGAAGAGAGCAAACACAUGCA